AUGCGCUGGACCUACUGCACUGGACCUACUGCACUGGACCUACUGCGCUGGUCCUACUGCGCUGGUCCUACUGCACUGGUCCUAAUGCGCUGGACCUACUGCACUGGUCCUAAUGCGCUGGACCUACUGCACUGGACCUACUGCACUGGACCUACUGCACUGGUCCUACUGCACUGGACCUACUGCACUGGUCCUAAUGCGCUGGUCCUACUGCACUGGACCUACUGCACUGGUCCUAAUGCGCUGGACCUACUGCACUGGACCUACUGCACUGGUCCUAAUGCGCUGGUCCUACUGCGCUGGUCCUACUGUGCUGGACCUACUGCACUGGUCCUAAUGCGCUGGACCUACUGCAUUGGACCUACUGCGCUGGUCCUAAUGCGCUGGUCCUACUGCGCUGGUCCUAUUGCACUGGACCUACUGCACUGGUCCUACUGCACUGGACCUACUGCACUGGACCUACUGCACUGGUCCUAA